AGUGUGAAUUAGUUGAAGUUGAGUUGAUACUCCUCCAUUGGUGUGUGUGGUUGAAGAGAAAGUAGAAAAGAUGGCAAAGGCAGUGAUUGUAGGGGGUAGCAUAGCUGGUAUUUCAACUGCACAUGCUCUUAUCUUAGCUGGUUGGGAUGUCCUAGUGCUUGAGAAAACCACAUCACCUCCAUCUGGGACUCCCACUGGUGCAGGUCUUGGGCUCAACCCUCUAUCUCAACAAAUCAUUCAAUCAUGGCUUCCACACCCACAACUCCUGCACAACACCACUUUGCCAUUAACUAUUGAUCAGAACCAGGUAACUGAUAGUGAGAAGAAGAUUAGCUUGCCAUUGACAAGAGAUGAGAGUUUCAACUUCAGAGCAGCACAUUGGGCUGAUCUGCAUGGCCUUCUGUAUAAGGCACUGCCUCCAAAUGUAAUUUUAUGGGGUCAUCUUUUUCUCUCUUUUGAUACUGCAAAUAAUGACAAGGGCUCUGUCAUAAUAAAGGCUAAAGUUCUGAAAACUGGUGAGGUCAUUGAGAUAGUUGGGGAUUUGCUUGUCGCAGCAGAUGGUUGUCUCUCUUCCAUCCGGCAGAGAUAUCUACCGGAUUUUAAACUGAGAUAUUCAGGCUAUUGUGCUUGGAGAGGGGUACUUGAUUUUUCAAAAAAUGAGGAUUCAGAAACCAUCAUGGGUAUCCAAAGGGCAUACCCUGAUUUAGGAAAAUGCUUGUACUUUGACUUGGCCUCAGGUACACACUGUGUGUUCUAUGAGCUUCAAAACAAAAAGCUUAAUUGGAUUUGGUAUGUGAAUCAGCCAGAGCCUGAAGUAAAGGGAGCCUCAGUGACAAUGAAAGUGAGUAGUGACAUGAUCCAGAAUAUGCACGAAGAAGCCGAUAAAGUAUGGAUUCCUGAGUUAGUAAAGGUCAUCAAAGAAACAAAGGACCCUUUCUUAAAUUUCAUAUAUGACAGUGAUCCCUUAGAGAAGAUCUUUUGGGAUAAUGUGGUGUUGGUAGGUGAUGCAGCUCACCCCACAACUCCUCACUGCCUUAGAAGCACAAACAUGUCAAUACUUGAUGCUGCAGUGUUAGGCAAGUGUCUCGAGAAGUGGGGGGCAGAAAAGGUGGAAUCAUCUUUAGAAGAGUAUCAGUUCAAUAGGCUUCCAGUUACUUCUGAGCAAGUUCUGCAUGCAAGGCGUCUUGGCCGUGUAAAACAAGGUCUGGUCGUCCCUGAUCGAGAACCUUUUGACCCCAAGUCAGCCACACCAGAGGAUAGCAAGGAGGAGCUUCUACAAAGGAACACACCUUUUUUCAAUGAUGUGCCUUUGCUUGCACCUGCUUCAAUUCCAACCUCCAUUUGAGUGCCUGGUGUGUUACUGUACUUAUUUCGUUACAAUUCUCCAUUUGUAGUAAGUUUCAGUUGAGCUCUACGAACUCGUCUCACAUACAAUGGAUUAAUAACAUCGAUUUUAAAUUUAUGUCA